CAUGUCGAUACCAUUUUUGCGUAAAAGCUCGUUGUGUAUGAGCAUGGACGGCGGUAACACAUCACUGCUGCAUUUUGGCGACAUCAUCUCGCUCUACACAGAGGAAACCGCUGAUCUGCGAGGUUUCCUGAGCACACUAGGUCUGGUCGACGACCGCUGUAUAGUGGAAUUACGCGAUGGGCGACCUGAAAGUCCGCCGAAGAAGUUUAG